AUGAAGGGAAAUAAGCUUGUCAUAGGUCUCGACUAUGGAACAACGUACACUGGCGUAUCUUUCUGCGAAUCUAGCACUGGUGCGCAUGGAGAUCACAUCGAAGUGAUUCAUGACUGGCCUUCACAGAGCAGCAAAAAUGCGACACAAGAGAAAGUACCUAGCGAAGUCGCUUACCGUGAAGAGGGCAUCCUCUGGGGUGCGCUCAUACCCGCAGAUGUUCCUCGGCACAUGUGGACAAAACUUCAACUUGACCCCCUUCAAGCCGGAGAAGUCACGAAGAUCAACCGUGAGAUUGCAACUUCUGCACAAAAUGCAAACAAGCAGCCGGAUGACGUGAUCACCGAUUUCCUUACUCAGGUCAAGGCACACUUGAUCAAGAACUUGGACCAAAAGUAUGGAACGGCUCUCUGGCGAACGAUGCCGAUCACCCUAGUUGUCACAGUACCAGCUACAUGGUCCGACCUGGCUAAAUCACGUACUCUGGAGGCUGUCAACAAAGCGGGCUUCAAUACGCUAGAGUUUCCGCAACCGGUAACGACCAUUCUGACCACUGAACCCGAGGCAGCCGCCAUCCACACAAUGAGAACUUAUCGAGCUGACUCUUCCAUGAUAAGGGUCACUGGCCUGAAUCCGACUGUCAUCGAGGAAGCUACCGUGGGAUGUGGUGAUCAAUGCGGCGGCAGCUCUGUCGAUCGUGGCUUCUUACGAUGGCUUGAGGGUCGUAUCGGUACCGCCGACUUCUUGAAGAUCGCCGGGUGCAGAAGUGAAGAAGUGAAAUACACUUCACUCGAGAAGAGAGCUGCAACUAUGCUCCAGCAGUUUACGUCCGGUCCCAAAGCAGGAUUUUCGGGAACCGAGUCAUACAUCAUGCCGUUGCCAUUUCCUUUGAGCAGGAUCGAGGAUGAUGAAGCUCGAGGAAUCAGCGAUGGAGAGAUUCAGAUCACCCCUGAGGACAUGGAGAGCAUGUAUGAAAAGUCCCUCGCUCGUACAUACAAACUCAUCGCCCAUCAAUACCGAGCGGCUACUGACACCAAGAAGAUCAAGAUGAAGGCAAGUUCAAUAAUUCUCCUUGUUCGUCAUCUGCUUACCAUACUAGUACAUUCUCAUGUUGGUCUGCUGUCUCUCAAGGAGCUGUCGCUGUCGGUCUUGAAGCACAGAAGCCAGAGCAAGGAGUUGUUCAAAACCGCAAGUGUCGCAGACACUAUGACCAGGUGGUUGCUCAACAAAGGCCAAGAUCUUGCUACUACUAAAGUUCCACACGCAACGAUGUCCUUUUCUACGAAGUUCUGGCCCCACGAGGCGAGAACCCACAGAGUAAGACUCAUCGCAACGAACUCCGACGAGGCGCCUCAACAUUCUUAUGAUAAGGGUGUCUUCUCAGUCGUGACACUCACGAUCGACUUGUCUAAGGUUCCCAAGAAGGAGUUCAAGGCCAAGCGAUCUCCGGAUAGGCGCCAAUACCACCAGAUCAGUUUCGACGUUGAGAUCUCUAUCCAGUCUGCUCUGCAGUUCUCUUGCUCGGUCAAAGGCAAGAACGUCGGCUCCAUCACUGCGAAGUAUGAGUAG